UGGCUACAUGCAUGGGCCUACUACAUGAAGAGAACCAUGAUGAUAAUUCCAUUGAUAAUUACGGCGUUACAUUGGGGAGCAAAACAUGGAAAGAAAGAAAUGAUCAGAUUAGUGGCUGAUAGAGGAGCUGACGUCAACUCUAGAUCGCAAGGGGGUUACACUGCUCUUCAUAUUGCCGCUAUCCACAGCAAGGAGUCCGUCAUGCAGUUCCUCAUUCAAGAUUACCAUGCUGAUAUCAACGUUCGAGACUUCAGCGGUCGUAAAGCUCGCCACUACCUGAAGGAGGGAGCCUCCAGCUACAUGCAACAAAUGAUGACUGGAAAAACAGUGACGUCACCUCCUCGCAUCCGACUGAUGGCGCUGGCCGAGAACUCCCCUCCCGGGAAGCGACAGCAUCAUUCUAUCAUGAGCUCCUUAUUGGGCGGCUCCUUCCGCGAAAUCCGAAACUCAUUCCGGAUUUGGGGAUCAGCAGAUAAUCUGGAUCACUCUGAUGAUAACAAACGAGCUCCACUGUCUCCAAAGUCUAAACCAAAGAACAUGUUUAGCGGCUUUGAAUAUCUGAUGCCGCCCCCAGCUGCAUUACCUAAAUCUAGAACACGCUCUGAAAUAACUGCUCCUUUUGGAAGAAGUGAGCUCAGAAAAAGUGAGUCUGAUCCCAACAUCAUGGAGUCAUCAGAAGCUGCCUAUGUGUAGAGACAACCAACAUCUAUCUAGUCUCCUCUUCAAGUAACUUAUGUACUGAUUGGGUUGAGCAUUACCAUGACAAUGUAGCAGCAGGAGAAGUUUUCUUCUUGAGACAAGACUACAUGUUGAUGCCCUGCUCCUCAUUUAAAGACAAUUAUCAUCAGCAGGCAGAUUUUAAUUAGUUAGGGAAAGGAAACCUUUGUGACUGCUUAGACUUGUCUCCAGGCUGGUUCUGGGGCACUAGCUCAUAAUUAUUAGGUGUGAACAGUAAAGUAGAAUUCCAGUUGAGGAAAAUCAGUCUUCAGCACAGUACACAAAAACUUGAGUAUGGAUGUGCACAUAGUAGUUUGAGUGCAUUUAUUAUGUGGACCUCUUUUGUUCUCAGGUCAACACUCUGUAUGUAAAUUUAAACAAUAAUACAAAGAUGAAAACAGGUAUCACAUCAGUUUAGGGUAUUUUUAAUGAACAAAGUUAAUUCUUACUCUGGCUGCAUUGACUCAAGCUUUUGAUUUGUAAUUGCUUCACUUUUGAGGCUUUUAUUUAUUUUUUAUUUAUUUUUUUUAAAUCAUGUUUUAUGUUUUGCAUUAUUUGUAACCAAACAUUGUAUUCCAGUUUUAUGUUAAAUUGCAUGAGAGAGCUUUUUGGCAAUUGUUUUCAGAAAUUUGUUUUACUGGUACUUAAACAUUCUGCCGCCACCGCCCAUCUUCAAAAGUCAACCAUUACAAUCAUCCACCGAGACUGAAAACUUGCUUUUCAUGAUCGAAACAUUGAUCAAUACACUUUGGUGGUCAGAGACUGAUCGAAACGCUGAGCAGACAACCAGCUUUUAUCAGAGCCACCACAACUCAAAAGACUUUAUUACACGUUGUCACUGCAAAACUUAAUUUUCUCAGUACUUCCACAAUGCAUAGCUUCCAUUAUUUAAACAUGAUGAUUGUUACAUAUUAUCAAAUUGUGUUUAAAUUUUUGAUUGAUUUGUCAAAUUUGGUUCUGAGGAAAGAGCUCAGGGGAAAGUAGAGCAGCUCACACAUUAUUUCGUAAAUUUAAAGAUUCCCACAUUUAUAUUGAUGAUGACAAUUCCUAAUGCAUGAUAUACAUACUUAAGUUGCACUCGUUUAAAAACUAUAUUGCACGAUUUUUUUUUUACAGCUUAGUAAAAUGUUUGGCGCCACGCACUUAUUCAGAGCCAAACGAUAUAGCUUUGCUGAAGCUUUUAAUCUUUGCAGCUGUACUGUGUAUUUAUUGAAAUUCAUUGUAUAUAUUGAGCAUUUUUUUUUUGCGAUUUUGGGAUUUUGUGUUUUUUUACUUCCAGUCUUUCAUGUAUUCAAUAUGAUCAAAUUUGACAAUUUUGUUAUUGUGGUGGAGGAAUUCCUGAGGCUCAUCUUGGAUUGUAUUCAAAUGAACGAUGACACACUAAGAUGUUUUAUUGCAUUCAGUACUUCAUUUCUUACUUAAUUUCUUUUGUAUACAUAUUAUUAUAUUUUUAAUUAAAUUUGAUAACCAACUAGAGAGAGUCAUGGCAGGAAGUAGAAUGAUGUCAAGCAGCAUUUAUUUAUUGGGUUUACAUGGUUUAGAUGUAGCAUCAAAUUACUUUACCUCAGGAACAUAGUGACUUUGAUUAGGUGAAGCUUUAUUUAUUUUUUUAAAGCUGCAGACGCCAAUCGGAUAUGGCUAGUGACUGUGAGGAAAUAGUCGGGCCCCAUUUCGUAUGACAACAUACAGUAUUCACCAAUUACAUUUGCAUAGAGGGGAACAAUACAAAGAUGGUGGCUGAAAUAAGACAGAGUCACAGAUAAAAGACAUAUACCACUUGGGAGUCACACAAUGUGUAAAGUCAAGGUUUCAGUACCAGGGUGCUUUUCUUUCCCAUUAAUUCUACUUAAAAGUUAAAAGUAUAAAAGCAAAUCUACAAUGAUUGACACCUGACAUUAUUAGCAAAUUCCAAAAAGUUUUUCUUUAUGUGUAAAUUAAUUAUAUUCCACAUUCAGAACUAUUAUUUUCAGCAUUUAAGUUUUCUUCAGGCGAACCAUUUGAAAUUAUUUUGAAUCGAUUGUAGAGAGAAAGUGCUGUUUAGUAUUUGUCUCAUUGAGCAAGUUCGAGUGAUGCACUCAAGUCGACCAUUGAUUGUUUUUGCCUGGUACCUUUGUUUGCUUGCUUGCUUGCUUAAUUCGAAUGAUGUCCUCGAAUCACGAUGGUUCCCCAAGCCUUUCUGUCCCCCAGUGACUUGAAAUCUGUUGAUUCAAAUCCUGUGUCUAUUUUGAGAAUGUCAGUGUCAGUUAGUGCCGGUCUACCAGGUUUCCUAUGCAUUCAAUACAUCCUGGGUACCAGGCAAAAUCAACCAAUGGAUGACUAAAGUGCCCCACUUGAACUUACUCUCCGCCUGCACCUGUACUUAUGUUUCUUGGUUCAUUUCAAAUAUUGAUGUAAAAAACAAAGCUCAUAUCCAAAGAUGAAUUGGUGGUAAACGCAAACAUUUAAAAAUGUUUUUAUUUUCAAGUACUCAGUCUUGUAUUCAUUUUAAUCUCUACAUACACUACAAAUAAAUCCACCUGUGGUUUUACAAACUAA